CCUGCCUGUCGCUUCUUAGAGGGGAAUGACUUCUCUCAGUGCUUUUCUCUGUGCCUCCUUAGCCCACCAGCAGGCUCAACCAUCUCAGCAAGACCCUCCCCUGAUUCCCGCUGGGCAUGUCAGCUUCCAAUAUGUCUCGGACAUGCAAGGAUUACAGCUUUCACCACUACCUCCUCCUGCCCGGCUACAUCCUGAUAUUCAUUACAGGUUUGAUGCUGAACGUGAUGGCCCUAUGGAUAUUCAUCCGCUACCUGCGCCUGAAGUCUGUAGUGAUGAUCUACAUGGUCAACCUGGCCGUGAGCGACCUCACCUUCACGCUCCCUCUGCCGCUGCGACUCUACUACUAUUCCAACCACCACUGGCCUUUUGGUAACACCUUGUGCCAGGUCUCUGGCUCUGUCUUCCAGAUCAACAUGUAUGGUAGCUGCCUCUUCCUCAUGUGCAUCAACCUGGAUCGCUACGUUGCCAUUGUCCACCCGCUUCGCUGGCGGCAUCUGCGGCGCCCCAAGGUGGCCAAGCUCCUUUGCCUGAUCGUCUGGGUUGUGAUCUUCAUGGGCUCCAUCCCCACAGCCAUAGUCCACAAGCAAAACCACUGCGAGCUGCAGAACCAGACCGCUUAUCUGUGCUUUGAAAGCUUUAGUGACAACAUGUGGCAGAAUAACCUCUUUCCCCUCGUCGUCCUGGCUGAAAUUUUGGGUUUUCUCCUGCCUCUCAGCUCUGUGACAUACUGCUCGAUUCGGAUCUUUCAGCAGCUCUGCCAGGACAGCCAGACGAAGACCCUGCGACAGCAGAAGACCAUCCGUCUCCUUUUGGUCAAUCUGGUCAUCUUCAUCAUUUGCUUUGUGCCCUACAACACUACCCUGGCAGUUUAUGGGAUGAUAAAGGCCCGGGUGGUGAAGGCUGAGCAAGAAACACAGGUCUCCGUGCGCCAAGUAUUAAUUAUAACAAUGCUGUUGGCCAGCAUGAACUGCACGCUGGACCCCUUGAUCUACUACUUCAGUACUGAGGGUUUCCGUAACACCUUUAAGAAACUGCGGCGGGGACAAGCCUGGGACUCAGAGAUAGGGAUGCUUAAGAAGCAGGUUGUGCACAAUAAGUCAGCCCGAGGCCACGCUGUCUCAAAAGUGAAACAGUUCCCACUGGGGGACUUCAUCUGUCCCAAUGAAUCUUUGCCAUCGCUUCCUACUGCAGUAUUUUUGAAUGGCCCUAUCGAGGACUCGGAAAUAUAA